AUGCGCCCACUUUCCUUGACGUUUGUCGCAGGCACAGCCAUCUUCGCCACCUUAGCCUCCGCACAAACACCUGUAGGUGUCACCUGCAUGGCUUACGCCAACCUCGACGAGAAAACUCUGUACAUCCAAGGCGGAAUCGGAUUCAAGAGCAAUGCCAGGUACCAAACCUCCUCCUUCUUCGCCCUGGACCUGACAGUUUCAACCUGGCCGACCUCCAAUCCACCGUGGCUAUGGCCUCCCAUGCUUUUGAACACCAACGGUCCAAAUUCCAGUUGUCACUCGAUGGUUGUGGACAAGGAUCGUGAGAAUAUGUUUAUCUGGGACCCGUAUCAGAAAAACGCUUGGUGGACUUACAACAUAGUAGUCAAAUACUGGAGCAAUUACACGAUGCCUCUCCCUAACACUCAACAGGCCGGUAUCCGCAACGGUGUUGAUUUGAAUACGGGAAACGUUUAUAUCCCGGCUGGGAGUAGUAAUGGGACCAAAAUGGUUAUGAACGUGCCGGGAUCGUCAGCCACUCCUGUGACCGACAUGCCCACGAGCCUCAUGCCCAUUCCUAUUAUCCAAGAGUCAUUUGUCUGGUCAACUUACCGGAACUCGUUUCUGCACUAUGGUGGAAAGUCGAUCGAUGGCAAGACUGCGAAUCCACAUCUGAACGAGUUCAGCUCUACGUAUUCGUGGGCGGCUGUGACCACAACAGGAUCAUCGCCCGGAGAUGUUAGCGGCCACUGCAUGGUCCCAGCGUACGACGGGACGAAAAUGAUUGUGUUCGGUGGCGCAGGACUGGAUGGGGUCGCAAAGGGAGACAUCUAUGUUCUGGACGUCCCGACGCGUAUAUGGGCAGUCGGCAAGCCAGCUGAUGUAUCCCAGGCCCGCACCAACAUGGCGUGUUCUGUGUCUGGCGACAGUUUCAUUGCCUGGGGAGGUGAGAGUGCGUCGGGAAUCAAGGAUGCAACGCCAAUCGUAUUCGACAUGAAGAACAACGUGUGGACGACCGUGUUCAACCGCGUCAUCACAGCAACCGUGACCUCAGGACCCGCCUCAACUACUCCAGGGACACCACCACCAACCCCAACAACCAACAGUCCCGUCAUAUCACCCCAGCAAAGUCCGACAACCAACACUGCCGUUAUUGGAGGCGGGAUUGCAGGAGUGGUCGUCGUGAUUGCGCUUAUUGGAUUCGUUUUCUACAGACGGCGACAUAGGCACACGAGGUCGACAGGCAACAGCAAGGACGAUGAUGCCAUUGGUUUGAGUCCGCGUGAACCAAGGGAACCUGAAGGCCAUUUUCCCAAGACAGAGCCAGCUCCACCAAAGUCUCCGUCGCCACUGAGACUUCGACCAAGGUUUGACAACUACGAUUUCACUGGAGUUCAUGCAGCAGCGGGACUACCCUCUUAUCAGUAUCCGACCUCGCCAUCAUUAUCCAUCGGACCCUAUGCUGCGUUGAGAAGCCCAGAGAUUGGAAAUGCAUACGUUCCUACAAGCCCAUACAUGGCAGAAUGGGCCGGCGAUAACGAUCUUGGUCCACCACAUGACGUUAGCACCAACAGCAGCAACAAUGACGUUUAUGGCAGCGGGAACAAUGGUCACCACAAAUUCCCAUUAAGCCCACAUAAUCCACAGACUCUAUCUGGCGGAGAAGAGUUUAGGCCCUCGUUGCGAUCGGGGGAUCCCAGACCUCGAGGUCCUCAAGGACAACAACAACAGGCUCCAGCUCCCAGUCGCCGAGAUCGUAGUCAGAGCAAUAACAACAGCAGCCACUAUGUAGUAGACCAGAGCCAGUACCAGGACCGGAGCAAGGAGCUUGUGAGAAUGAUGGACAGCAUCCGGGCAGAGCAAGAGGAAUUGGAAAGAGCUCGGUUAGAGCACGAAGCCUUGAUGCAGAACUACCGGCGUGGUGAUUCUCAUUCUCAGUCGUAUUACCAGCCUCCACUUCCGCCUAAAUAA